AUGGCACCUUGCAAAGGGAAGGAAAAGAAGGAAGAGCAGGUCAUCAGUCUUGGACCUCGGGUUGCAGAGGGAGAGAAUGUGUUUGGUGUCUGCCAUAUCUUUGCUUCCCUCAAUGACACCUUUGUCCAUGUGACUGAUCUCUCUGACAAAGAAACCAUCUGCCGAGUGAAGGUUAAGGCUGACAGAGAUGAAUCUUCUCCCUAUGCUUCUAAGUUGGCCAUUCAGGAUGUUGCCCAGAGAUGUAAAGAACUAGGUAUCACUGCCCUUCACAUCAAACGUUGGGCCACAGGGGGAAAUAGAACUGAGACACCUGGCCCUGGUGCACAGUCAGCCCUGAGAGCCCUGGCACGUUCUGGAAUGAAGAUUGGGUCGAUUGAGGAUGUCACUCCAAUCCCCUCUGACAGCACUCGCAGAAAGGGUGGUUGCCGUGGUUGCCAUCUGUGCAUAUCGUUUGUUGGAUUAUUUUUGUCAGUAAAAGUGUCACAGUGGUUAAAAAAAAAAAGCCAAGAACAAGUGGCUCCCUCCAAAACCUGUGCCCUUUAUACUGUCAUUGGCAGCCACUCUGUCACAUGA